UAGAGUCCGGCAAAGUGUCGAACUGAGCACAGAAGUGAAGAGGAAGUACUUUUUAAAAAUGGAAAUCUAUCAAAUCGUGGUUUAAGUUUGCACAGCCGGACGGAAGGAGAAGGUGAGCAGGCUCUUCUGGUCAGCGUGUGGUCCGAUGUAGGGAAGCUAUGCCUGCACAACCCCCUGUGAGGGAGCCAGAGGAGGAGAUGGAGGCAGAAGGAGAGUCACAGCUCCCUGAGGCCAAUGGAGAGGUGGAGGAGCCGAGGGAAAAUGAAGGAAGAGGAGGUGGAGAGGAGACCAUGGAGGAGAGCACGGAAGAGAGGGACAGUGACUUAGAAGAGAGUGAAGAGGAAGAAGAGGAGGAGGAAGAAGAGGAGAGUUCAGAGAUGGAUGAUGAAGACUGUGAGCGGAGAAGAGGAGAAUGUCUAGAUGAAAUGUUGGAUCUGGAAAAACAAUUUCAGGAGCUGAAGGAGAAGUUGUUUCGGGAGCGACUGAACCAGGUGAAAGUGAAGCUGGACGAGGUGUUGACAGGGAAGGCUGGAGAAUACAGAGAACCACUGGCUUCACUACAGAACAGCAUGCAGAUACGAACACAAGUGGCCGGAGUGUACCGAGAGCUGUGUCUGCAGGUGAUCAAACACAAGCACGAGUGUGAAGUACAAGGAGCAAGGCAGCACCUGGAGAGUGAGCGGACGCUGCUGUUUGACGCCAUGAAGACAGAGCUGCUGGAAAAGAUCAGGAGACUGGAGGAGGACAGACAGAAUAUAGAUCUCACCUCAGAGUGGAGUGAUGAGAUGAGGAGCAAGAAGUGUAAAAGAAAGAACCUGCUGGGUCGGUCGGAGAGAAAAAAGAAAGUAGCUCUGGUUUCAGGACCUUUCAUUGUGUACAUGCUGAGGGACAUCGACAUCCUUGAGGACUGGGCCGCUAUAAAGAAGGCUAAAGCAGCGCUGUCGCCGCUAAAAAAGAAAGUUGAAAUUUGUCUUUCAGAGCGAUGAUGAUAGGAGUGUCCCAGUGGCAAAGAAACCAAACUUACACACACACACAUUCCCAGCUACUUUCACUGGCAGUUACAGUUUCGUGUCCUCGACUGCAGCCCGGCAGACUGUGUUUUUUCUUUUUCUCUGCGCCUUUCCCCCCAGCAAAUACACACACCCCUUCUCCUACUGCUUUUUUGUUAUCUAUUGCUAUUUAAGUUCUUAAUGAUAUGACAACCAUGUAUUUAUAGAAUGAUUUAUAGUGGUGAUUAAAAUUUUAAUGUUUUUUUUU